AUGGAAUUACAACUUAUACGAGCCGAGUUCACUCGUGCAGUCACCGCCUCCGUCACCGUCUCCGGCCUCCUCGGGCCGAGCUACACGGAUAUCGAGUCUUUGUUGUUCCCGAUCAACACUGGCGUCCACAGUUACGAAGGAAUCUCAAAGCCUCUAUUGGCAGUGCAAGUCACGGAGCUCGACGACAGCAUCUUCAUCGACUCCGCCGCUAACCACGCCGCCGUGGACGGCGCUUCCUUCUGGCAUUUCUUCAACUCUUGGUCGGAGAUCUCUCGAGGUUCGGAAUCGAUUUCGAAAUCCCCAAUUUUCGACCGUGACCGCUACAAUGGUGCUGCCGCCGCCGUUGAUAACAGACUCAUCCAUAUCCCUACGUUAGAGAAAAACCUAAUGGCCGCUCCAUCUCAAUUGGUGCUGCAGAAGGUAUUCCACUUCAACAAAGAAGAGUUAAGUCAAUUGAAGGCUAAAGCUAAUUCCGAAGCCGGCACUGACAAAAUAUCUACUCUGCAAGCACUCAUGGCGCAUCUGGCGGAGCACGGUGCGCUCUCAAGCAGCUAA